AUGCCACUUCUUCCUGACUCUAGCCUUCUCGCUCUUUCUGCUGCUCUCGAAUCAAUUUGGUUGGGCCAGUGGGCUUUUGUCUUUAACGACACUCCUUUUAAUACUGCUUCCACUAUCUCCCUCGAGUCCAAAAAGAUUUUAAAAUCUCAACAUGAAGAACUUCUUCAUUCGGGCAUUCCUCAUUCUCCCCCUCCCAUUUUCUCUGAGGACAGCUUAUACUCCCUCAAUUGGGUUGCUUCUUCAGACCAAGGCGUUCUUAAAGCUGAAGUAUUAUCCAUAAUGUUGGCGACAUCUGAAUUAGGCGAAGUAAUCACUAACACGGAUGACAAGUAG